AUGUUCUUUGUCAUAGUUACAAUAAUCGCGGAAGUAUACUCCAGACAACGUAUCCCAGACUUUGACACAACCCAGCGUCUUCAAGUAGAAAAAGAGCAAUAUGUGGAAAUAGAAUUGAGGUUUUAUUUGCCCUUUGACUCACAUGGAGCACCUUGUGCUGAUGAGGAAUAUCUUGAGAUCCGUGAUGGGUAUAAUCAGUCUGGAAAUCUUUUGGGUGUAUUUUGUGGAAGAUACGUUCCUCGCUUUAAACUACGUUCCAGUGGACAGAACAUGUGGUUAAGAUUUUCACCUCACCAUAGAUACCGGCUAUCGUAUUACAGUUAUUAUGGGGGAAAAGCGCUAAAUGCAAAAUGUAAGUAUUCUUGGGUUUUAAUGUUUUGAUUUACUUAUUGGCUUAUUGGUAUAAUUUAUUGUGGAUGAUAUGUCUUAUUAUAUUUAUGCUUAGAUACCACCAACCUGAAAAACGUCGCAAAGACUCAGUUUGUCCUGCUCAAUCAUUUGUCAUCGUUGUGGUGCCCGGCGGAAGGUGGACCAGCUCCUCGCAUUGUUUGGAGAAAGAAUGGCGCUGUUGUGCAAAACAGCACUAGUGUGCGACUUCAAAUCAACGUCACUGAAGAAGAAGGAAAUACAAAUUACAGCUGCGAAGUGGAAGACCAGGCGCCGAAAAACAUCAGUCUUGUUGUCGAGAGUAAGUCUCAAGUUACAUCUUUACUU